AUGUGCCGCGGGCGCCGCGGGCGCCUGCCGCUGGUGUGGCGCCGCGCCCGCCUGCCGCGCCGCCGCGCCGCCCCGCCCUCCUCCAGCGAGGGCAGCGCCUCCAUACACUCGGCCUCCAGCCCCGCCACCCCCGCCACCCCCGCCCGCCGCUCGCGGCGCAUCGCCGCCGCCUCCCCUGACGUGCAUACCACUCCAACCACCAAACGCAACUCUGAUUCUCUCACCCCGAGGGCAUCUAUAACAUCUCAAGAGACUGCUACGAAAAGUCGUAAACGCAAACGCGGCCGCGCCGUCAUCGACAGCGAAGACAGUUACGAAGAGGAGCGAUCUGAAAAAGAUAACGGGGAAAAUAAAAAUGACAAUGUAGGGAAGAACAAGAAAAGAGCGAGAGGAGAAGAUGAAGACGAUGUGAAUACAGGGAACGACAGAAAGAGAAGCAAGAGUAGUAGUGCGGGCGAGCAGACGUUCCCGACGAGGACGCGCGAGAGGAACUCUCGCAACUCGCAAGCUGUACUAGAACCGCAGACUACACCCAGGAGCACGCGCAGCCGCAGCAGCUGCAGCGCCGUGGCGGCCACCACGCGCGUGCGCGUCGACGUGCAUCGCGGCCAACACGAGAGUAGCGGCAGCCGCGACAUGUCCCUCACCUCGCCCGAGGCCGAGCUCGCCACGCACAUCUACGACUGACAGUAGUGCCACCUGUGAAGAGAACACCGCCCGUCGUAUAUACACGGGCCAUUUGUUAUUAGUGAUUAUAAAGACGCCAAUUACAGUUUAUUCAAUGAUUGUUAUCCAGAAAUUGUAACGGUGACAUCGCAAUUUCGAGGAUAUUGUCCUAAAGGAUAGGUUUUUCUUAUUUUUAUUUCAUUUUUUUCUAGUUUGCUUUUGAGAAGUUGUUAAAGUUUAUCGAACAUUGUGUUCGGGUUUAUUAUGUGUGACACUAAGUACAGAGUUUAUUGCAAUAAACAGUUGUGAGUAAA